CAAGUUGAUAAUUACAAGGCAGAUAUGGAAGAAGAAAAGGACGUAAAUAUAAAUCAAAUGAUUAAAGAAUCUGAAAAAGUAUCAGAAAUAAGUAGUGACACAACUGCAUCUCAUUCUGAGAAACCUAAUGAUGAAGAACUACUUGUGAAUGUAGUAGAUUCAAAAAAUGCACAAAAAGAAGGUGAUUCAAUUCAAACCAUUCCUGAUGUUUCAAAUUCUGAAAAUGAGGUGAAUAACGAUAAUACGUUAAGUAAAGAUGGUUUUUCUGAAAUAGAAAAACCUGUUAGUGAAAUAGAUGAAAAUGCAAAGGGAUUAUUAAAUGAAAAAAGAACAGAGGGUGAUAAUGCGCUAGUUCAAAAUAAGAUUGAACAUGAUAUACAGAAUACAGAAGUUAUAGAUCAGAUUAAAGGCAAAAGAGAUUAUGAAGAAGAUGAAAAAGUUAAUUUUGUGAGAUUACCUGAAAAAAAUGAAGAACAAAGAAGUGACGUUACAAAGGGAAUUGUUCCUGGUAGUGUUGAUGUAAUUGAAAAAACGUCACAUGAAAGUUUAGAUUCUCAUGAAAAAAAUCAAGAAGAAUUAAAAGUGUCUGAAGAUAUAGAAUAUCCUGUUGGAACAGAUAUAUCAGGAAUUGAUAGUGAAACUCGUGAUUCAGUUACGAUUUAUCAAAAACCUACAGAUACUUUUGUAGAAAAUGUAUAUGGAUUAUCACAGGAUUAUAAAUCAUUAUCUGAGAACGAGAAAAAAAUUAUCAUAAAUGAACCAAAGGAAAAAUUGCAAAAUCUUUUAGGAGGAAUGGUUCAUGUUUUACAAAACAAAAAUAUAGAUGAUGAUCAAUCGGGUAGAUCAUCUAUACCAUUAUAUGAUAAAGAAUUAGUUGAUGAUAAAAAUCAUUUAAAUGAUAAUUCUUAUAAUAAUAAUAUAAAUAAUGAAGUUCAAUGUGAAAAAAAUUGUGGACGAAAAGAAAAUGUUUCAUCAUUUGAUGAUACGGUUACAUUAAAAGAUGUUAAACAAAAUAGGGAAGAUACGGAGGAAACAAAAUUGAUAGAAAAUGAAAAAAUAGAUAAUACAAAAGUAAAAGAUGGAAUUCAUAUGACAUCAUAUAACAAGCCAUCUAAUAUUUUGAAAGAAGAGAAAGAUGUAAAACAUUAUGAUUCAGAGAAUGAUAAUAAUAAUUUAAGUAAUUAUACAAAAAUUAAGGAAAAUAUUGAAAAGUUUUAUAAAUAUAUAAAAAAUAUAUUGAAUUUAACUGAUAUAAAUAAUGAUAUAGAAAAAAAGGAUAUGCAAAGGUAUAAUUUAAAUAAUUAUACUAAUAUCAAAGGGAAUAUGCUUUUUGAAUAUUCAAAAGAAUCAGACUAUGAUAAGAAUGAAUUAUUUCAAAGAGAAAACAUAUCAGAAUAUCAUAAUAGGAGUAAUAACAAUAAGGAAAGUUCAAAUAUAGAUAAUUAUUAUUAUAGGGAUGUUAAUAAAAUACGAGAAGAUAUAAUUAAUUUAUCUAAAAAGAAAAAAAAAUGUAUUAAUGAUACAUCAUCUGAAUAUUGUGAAUCUAUAAUAGGUCUUCCUAUUUUAUCAAGUAGCAUUUCUAAGGAUGAGAUAAAAUAUUUAUGUUGCUCUAUUUUAUAUUACUGUUUAAUACAUUUUGAUAACACUUCUUCUGAAUAUUAUAAUUGUAUUACAAAUGAAAUUAAUGAUCCAUUUUAUAAAAUUUUUCGAGAAGUAACAAAUAUAUCCUAUUAUAAUGGAAAAUGGCUCUUAAUUUCUGAGAAAGACACAUCAGUAAUGGAUGAAGUUGAUUUUAUGACUGAAAAAAAUAAUGAUGAUUACCAUUUAGAUAGGGAAGAAUUAGAAAAAAACAAUUCUACUUUUUAUUUGUACUAA